UUGGACGACCAACAUUCGUUUUCAAAUCAUUUUGCAGGUUGGGAGGAAAGCCUACGUAGGCGAGCCGGGUCUAUGGGCACGGAUUGGUUCUCUCCUUUAUAAGAUCGACGGUUUCUCCAACGUCCCUGCAGCUUAGCUCUCAAAUCUAUCGUUGCGCAAGCCAGAGUCGUGUCCGUGUCUCGACUAGAGCUGCCCUUCUCGCCUUAGCUAAACGUCGAUUUUUUCAGCGACAGAAUCGUUUCGCAACGUAUGACGAACCCCCAAAUCGAACUACACGAGUCCAUCGAGAAUCAAACGACCGCCGCAUCGAUAGCCUUACGAAUUCAUACCCCUGUAAAAUAAGAGGUCUCUCGCGAGAGCCUCUUCAUCCUCAUGCAGAGGCGCUCAUCGGGGUCGUCCGAUGACAGCGCUGAUGUCCCUGUCAAGAUCUCGCGCCCUCAUGGACAAACGAAGGUGACCGACGUGAGCUCCUCUGUCCGACAUUCUCAUGACAUUCGCCAAUCAGAACGUUCCCAGAAAGACGGCGCCAGGUCCUCAUCAGCCAGGAGCCGGAGACCGAGUAGCAAUAUUAACUGGAGACUCUCUCAUAGUCGCGAUGCAUCUACCGAAAAAGUACCAGCAACAUCUCGUCUCCCGCCCACGACACUAUCGCCUGAUUAUCCAAGUAUAGAAAAUGAGAAGACGGUAUCGUCGAGACGGAAGAAUCAGCCUCCACGAGCCUGGAGCCCCUGGGCUAUUUCGCUCCUAACCCUCUUUACCAGCAUUGCAGGCCUUGGUAUGCUGUUUGCUGUCUUGUAUUCCUCGGUUAGCCUACAUUGUGACCCCAAGGGUUGUCGCAUGUCUUGGAUGAGCCCGUCAUACGCCAAAUUCAGCGAUUUCGACACUGAGCAUACCCGCUUUGCUACUAAAUAUUCGUUAUAUCUUUAUCGGGAACAGGGAUUCGACAAUGGGCCAAAGAUUAAAGGCAUACCAGUGCUAUUUAUACCAGGAAAUGCUGGCAGCUACAAACAAGUUCGAUCCAUCGCGUCGGAGUCUGCUAGGUAUUUCCACGACAUCCUGCAGCAUGAUGCCGCUGCUCUGAAUGCAGGUGCUAGAAGUUUAGAUUUCUUCACAGUUGAUUUCAAUGAAGAUUUCACUGCCUUCCAUGGGCAAACGAUGCUGGACCAAGCCGAGUACCUAAACGAAGCCAUCAGGUAUAUCCUCUCCCUCUACCUGGACCCAAAAAUCUCAGAACGAGACCCGGGUCUACCAGAUCCUUCAUCAGUUAUUGUGCUGGGUCAUUCUAUGGGAGGAAUUGUGGCACGAACUAUGUUUAUCAUGCCAAACUACCAACAAGAUUCGGUAAACACCAUCAUUACCAUGUCCGCUCCGCAUGCUCGACCACCCGUCACAUUUGAUCCAAAAAUUGUUAGUAUUUACAAUGAUAUUAAUAACUAUUGGAGACAUGCCUACUCGAAGAGGUCGUCGGCUGAAAAUGCUUUGAGCCAAGUCACCCUAAUAUCUAUCGCGGGUGGUGGCUUGGAUACUGUUGUCCCGUCAGAUUAUGCCGGUCUGGAGUCAAUUGUGCCUGAGAGCCACGGUUUCACCGUUUUCACAUCUACAAUCCCGACAGUCUGGACAAGCAUGGAUCACCAGGCAAUCACCUGGUGUGAUCAAUUUCGGAAGGUCAUCGUCCGUGCACUUUACGACGUCGUCGAUAAUCGUGGGAGAUCACAGACGAAAUCAAGAAUAGACAGGAUGAAGGCAUUCAAAAGGCGGUUCUUGUCUGGUUUGGAGGAUUUUGUCGAGAAGAGUGUUCCGGAAACAGCCUCAUCGACAUUGCUAGCGCUAGAGGAUCAUUCAACUACCAUCCUUCCUGUAGGCGAUCGUCUUGUCCUCCGCAGCUUAGGUUCGAACAGAAAAGCCAAGGCAUACCUUCUCAAUAUUCCCUUAAGUGAAUUCGAAGGAAAAAGGUUCACUCUACUCUCGGACAGCAAGCUCGAUCGACCAGGCGAGGACGGGAAGCUCGAAGUUUUAUUCUGCAACUUUUACCCGCUGCAACAUGGACAGGCUAGCCAACCGUUCUCGAUGAAUAUCGAUCUCUCCGACGAUACUAUGGACUCCACGAAACUCGCUUGUACGAACGCCGCCUCCGACGUCGUAUCAUUACCAGCUUCCUCGCGUUUCACGAAAAACCCCUUCUUCAAAAAGGAUGAGUGGCAAAUCCCACCGUUUUCAUAUCUCGAGUACGACCUGGAAGAUAUAUCAGACUAUGGAUUCGUUGCAGUCAUUGAUAAAAGCACUACUCCAACGGCAGGAUGGCUAAUGGCGGAAUUUAGCGACAAGGCUGACUCUCAUAUAACUCGGCAGAUUGGUAUGAGGCGUCUGUUUAAUUUCGGCCUCUCACUUAAUCUUCCAGCGAACAGACCAAUGGUGACCGAAGUGAAACUUCCGUCAGUCCAGAGCAGCUUGUUGGCAUAUAAUCUCAAAAUUGAAGGCCAAUCCUGUAACGAGCGGGACCAGUUAUUCACUCCACUUAUCCGACAGUACCUUGCUGAGCCUUACGAGUCCAAGUAUUUUGUCAAUGCUCACGAGGUAGAGAUUAGCCUUCACGGCGUCUCGCCUUACGUCCCUCCGCCCCUAAAGUCUAGACAAUCCGAUGACGGCCUCAGCCUUCAAAUUUGGACGGAUCCGACAUGUGAUUCAGGCAUUUCGAUUCAUAUUACCGUCGACGCCAUGGGUAGUCUCGGAAAGUUGUAUAUGCGAUAUCGUACCGUCUUUGCGUCUUUCCCCUUACUUAUAGUGACACUUGUGUUACGAAAGCAAUUCCAAGUAUACGACAGUACUGGUGUUUUUAUUCCCUUUUCCGAAAGCUUAGAUUUCUGUCUCAGACGAUCGCUCCCAAUGUUAUUCUUGUCUAUGACCCUCUUGUCGCUUUCGAUGGGUCAAUCGGGCUCAACUGGGUCGAAAAGUCUCCGGUUUUGGCAGAAUAGCACGGCCGGCGUCGACUUCUCGCAAAACGACCUACUAGUCGGCACUUCAGACCCGUUCUUCUGGUUUCUGAUCCCUAUGAUAGGGAUUAUUUGUACUGGAGUGUGUAUGGCUCUUCACUACGUUACCCUAUGCCUUACCUGGCUACUUAGCAUAAUCUACGGCUGCGUUUCCAUUCGGCCGGUUAUACAACUGCAAGAAAAGAAGCGCGCUCUAUCACCAGCGUUCGCACCUUCACCGCCUCGAAGACGACUUAUAACCACCGUAGUCCUAUUAUUACUUGUCUCAACAUUCAUCCCCUACCAGUUUGCGUAUACGGUUGCGUGUCUCGUGCAAUUGAGCACUACAGUUCGGGCACAUCGGUCUGCACGUGAGACUGCAUCACCUGUAGCCGUCAAUUUUAACAACUACGUUCACUCCAUCUUCCUUCUGAUGUUAUGGGUUCUGCCGAUAAAUUUGCCAACUUUAGUUGUUUGGGUGCGCAACUUGGCUGUCCACUGGUUCACGGCAUUCUCAUCACAUCACAACGUGUUGUCGAUAUUGCCGUUCAUCCUUCUGGUCGAAACCCUGACCGCUGGAGAGAUGAUACCGCCAGUAACAACGCGGCUCCGAUACCUAACCGACAUCAUAUUCUUUGGCAUAGCUGUCUACGCAGCUAUAUAUGGUGUAUCGCAUGCUUAUAUGUUGCAUUACCUAAUAAAUCUAGUCGCUGCAUGGCUUGUAGCAAUCCAUUCGACAUCCGACUCCUGGACCCUUGCUGGAAUAUCCUCUAUAUUCGAAGGCGAGCCGACCGAGAACCGCAAACAGGGUAAAACUCCUUGAUCUGAUGUCAAGGGUUAGAUUUUACAUGUUUAACAGUCCUAGAGAAGUUCCACGGGUCAUGUUCAAAGACCUGAAUACUAGUCAAUCUUAAAUCUUAUUUUUUACAAAUCACAUCGCGUCAGAUAUGAACACGAACCGGUAUUGGAGCUCUAAUAAUAAAGUUAGAAACUAAAGUUCCUUGUAUAUACACUCAUAACUGAGUCGGUCAA